AUGGAUAUAAAAACAAACGUAAGUAUUCAAAUUGGUGCACGUGCUUUUUAUAAUUGCAGCAAUCUUAUUAAAGUUAAGUUUCCUGACUAUUAUGUAUUUUUGCUUGGCUACUGUUUUGCAUACACAGGAAUUAUUGCAAUUCCAAAAAUAGUUAUAUUUGAUGAAACAGGUCCUGGAAUAUUUUCGCACGCUCGCAAUUUAAUUUACAUAAAUAUGUCAUUUGGAACAUAUGUUUCUGGAACAAUUCCUCCUUAUGCAUUUGAGUACACAUCCCUGUAUUCAAUCAAUUGUCCUAAUAUAUAUAGAAUUUAUGAUUAUGCCUUUUCUCAUAUCGACAACUUGUUUUAUUUUGUAAUACCAGCAGGAUGCCAAUAUAUAUCAGGUAAUGUAUUUUAUCUUUCAGAAAAUGUCAAAUUUUUCUUGAACCAGUGUAAAAGGCCCAACUUUAUAAUUGGAGAGCAUGAAUUAGUUGCAGCAAAAACAAAGAGACUUAUUUUGACAUAUGGAAAAUUGCCAUCAACUUAUGUUAUUCCAAGUUUUGUUAGUCAGGUAGGUAAAUCUUCAAUUCAUUCUUAUCCAAAAUACUCAGAAGAUGGAAAAGUUAUUGAUUACGGAGUAACAACAUUAGUUGUUCCACGUGGUGUUAUUUUCAUCGAUUAUGAUUCAGAUACAUAUUAUAAUCCGCAAGUAACUUUUUAUGAUGAUUCGGAGCGAUAUAACAAUAUGCUUUUAUAUCUUCAAAACAUAUGUUAUGGAAAUGAUUUUCAAUCUGUUGAUAUUAAUGCACCUUUAUUGAAAAACAUUUAUGUUACAAAUACAUACCAAAGCAGCUUUUGGUAUCAAAAUGAUAAAAGAAUCCCAGUUAUCAAGGGCGAAUGUGAUUCAUCAACAUCAUUUGAAGAUUUGGCAAAAGGCAACUAUUAUGCACCAACAAAGAAAAGUACUGAAGAAGGCCAAUUAGUUAAAUCAAAGAUUAUUGACAAUACUCGUUGCCCAGUUGAUGUUCCAAUACCAGAUUUACCAUCUUUUAUUUUCAGUGAUGACGAUGAAAUUCCAGAUGAUUCAGAUAUUAACAGUGAAAAUCUUACUAACACUACAACAGUUACGUUUUCGAUUGAAGAUGGCGAACCUAAUGAAUCAUCUGGUCUUUCGUCAAUGAUUAUUAUAUUGAUUGCUGCAACUAUUGUUGAAGUUAUUAUUAUUCUUGCACUUAUCAUUAUGAUUAUAAUCAAGCAAAAAGCACCCGAGGAUUCAGAAUCCACAUUCGAAUUCAACCAAGAACAAAUUGAUGAUAUCUUAAUGAGUAACGCAGUUACAGUUACCCCAGCUCUAUUUAAUACCAAAACUACUGAUGAUCCUUUCGCCGAAGACUUUGCAGAUAGUGAUGAUGACAAUGAUCGAUUCUACCAUACUCCAGAAGAAAAUUCAGAUAGUAUUGAUUCAUAUUAA